AUGUCUACAGCAGAUUUGAUGGAGAAUCUCAGGGAAGAACUGACCUGUUUCAUCUGCUUGGACUAUUUCACCAGCCCGGUGACCACUGAGUGUGGGCACAGCUUUUGUCUGGUGUGUCUCCUGAGGAGCUGGGAGGAACACAGUACUCCUUUAUCUUGUCCUGAGUGCUGGAGGGCCUUGGAGAGUCCACACUUCCAGCCCAAUGAGCAUCUGGGGAGGCUGGCUGGCAUCGGCAAACAGCUCCGAUCCCAGGUGCUGCAGAGCGAGGGCGGACAAGGCGGCUCUGGGAGAAUGCUGGCAGUCGCUAAGGCUUUUUCUGAUGAGCAGCAGGGUGUAAACGCUUUCUCAACCCAGUGUCAAGGAAUAAACAGAUUGUAUCCCUCCAGUGAGGCUGAGGAGCGUCACAAAGAGAAAGUCCAGGAAAUCUUAAAUCUUUUGCGUAAAAAGAAAAAGGAAACUCAGGUUGUAUUAUCCCAUGAGAAGGAGAGAGUAACACUGUGCAAGGAAGAGACAAAGGCCUGUAAGCAGGUUGUUGUGUCAGAAUAUGUAAAAAUGCACCAGUUUUUGAAGGAGGAGGAACAGCUACAGCUCCAGUUACUGGAAAAGGAGGAAAGGGAGAACAUGAAGAAGUUGAGGGACAAUGAGAUCAAGCUGACCCAGCAAAUAAGAAGCCUAAGCAAGAUGAUCGAGCAGAUAGAGUCCACCUGUCAGUGCUCCACUUCAGAAUCUUUUGAGGAUGUGAAAGGAACACUGGAAAGGAGUGAGCCACUCUUGCUCCAGUGUCCAGAGGCGGCCGCCACGGAACUGAGUCUGUGCCGCAUCACUGGAAUGAGGGAGAUGCUAAAAAAAUUCAGCACGGACAUAACUCUGGAUCCAGCUACAGCCAAUGCCUAUCUUGUCUUGUCUGAGGAUCUGAAAAGCGUGAGACAUGGAGGAAUCCGACAGCCCUUACCUGACAACCCAGAACGAUUUGACCAGUCUGCAACUGUGCUGGGCGCUCAGAUCUUCACCUGUGGGAGACACUACUGGGAGGUGGAAGUGGGCAACAAGACCGAGUGGGAAGUGGGCAUUUGCAAGGACUCCGUGAGCCGAAAGGGCAAUCUCCCGAAGCCACCUGGGGACCUCUUCUCACUUAUAGGCUUAAAAAUUGGAGAAGAUUAUAGUCUUUGGGUCUCAUCACCUUUAAAAGGUCAACACGUCCGAGAGCCUGUGCAUAAGGUUGGCGUUUUCUUAGACUACGAGUCUGGACACAUAGCGUUCUACAACGUGACAGAUGAGUCCCUCAUCUACAGCUUCCCUCCAGCCUCUUUCCAAGAGGCUCUCAGGCCGAUCUUCUCCCCUUGCCUCCCAAAUGAAGGGACGAACAUGGGCCCUCUUACCAUCUGCUCACUGAACAGUUAUGUCUGA